CCGAGCUUGAGAACCUGCCUGAUUGCAGCUUGUCCAUGUGACUCAGUUUCCGUUGCCUGCCUACUUCCGUGAAUAGUAAAGAAGGGGCAUCUGUGCUUCAGUCAGUGCAGGGGAGAGCAGCUGAACUUGACACACAUGUGAACGCACUCUGCAACAGCGAAUCAACCAGCGAUAUGGUCAGGGGAGCAACCGUCAGUGGCUUGGCAAAUCCACACCUAACCACCAGUUAAGGAUGAGAAAAUGCCAGUCCACAGGCUCACACCCAUCAUUCUCUGCUUGUUGCACAUGUGGAGAACGCUGACGCCAGUCUCGAGUCAUCCGCAGCACCGUCGAUGUCAGUUGAUACAACAAACGGCUUGCUGCAAUAAUGGUCAGCUCACAUCUGUGCCUGAAGGACUUCCAGAAAACAUCGAAGAGCUUCAGCUCAACUACAACCUCUUUGAAACACUACAGAAUGCCUCUCUUCUCAGUUACCCUUCACUAACCGCCCUGAGCUUAGCUUGCAACAAUUUGAGUAAAAUAGAAUCGAACACUUUUCAAGACUCAAAACUUUUAAAAAGCCUCAAUCUAGCAAACAACAGUCUUUAUAACAGCUACGAAGAAACCAGCCUUGCAUUAAGAAAGCUAUCAGGUCUUAUAGCGCUAGAUCUUUCUGAGAAUAAGCUUACAGAUGAAAUGGCUGACUUGCUUCUUCAUAAUCUUACGUCACUAGAGUACCUCAAUCUUUCUGGGAAUCUUUUGUUGAGAGUGGAUGAGGCCUCAUUCAGGGAUCUGCACCAGCUUAAAGAACUUGACCUACAAAGGAAUUUGAUUUUUGAGAUUGAUAAUGCUUUUGACAGCAGUCCAAAGCUACAGCGACUCAACUUGGCCUUUAACUAUCUGCCCUGUCUCACUGACUUCCACAUGAUUCAGCUGGAGGUCCUCAAUGUCAGCCACAACUUCAUUGAGUGGUUCAUCUCAAGGCAAGACCUCAACGACACUUUCCAGCUAGAGACUCUCGAUUUAUCAGACAACAAACUCCUUUUCUUUCCUUUCCUGCCCAGCCAGAGUAAUUUAAGGUACCUUUACUUGUCUCACAACGCCAUUAAAUUCUACGAACACUUAGCAGACAACGAUAUGUUCCCAAACUCAACAAAAACUGUGGAAUUCUACAACUUUAACAAGGACAUCAAUAAUGUGACCGCUCAGUUGUGGGACGAAAACCUUCACGGUGAUAUAUCCUCUCUAGAGACUUUAGAUCUGAUAGGGAACUCUGUGGAGUAUUUCCCUAAAGGAUUCAUCCAGAAAAUGCCCACCCUGUCUAGACUUCAAAUGCACACAAACUGCCUGAGAACCUUAAAUCUAACAUCUGAGCAGUUCUCUCGUAGCUUGUAUGAGCUGGAUGUUAGCAACAAUGAACUAAGCCAGAUCUCAGCGGAUAAAGCUACUCUGACCACUCUUGGCAAUUUGACAUACUUUAACCUGAGCCUGAAUGGUCUUAAGUGGGUACCCAUGGGAUUAUUUUCCUCACUGCAAAGCAUCCGGUCGGUGGAUCUCAGCUACAACAACAUUGACAUUUGCCUUUCUGAGGAAGCUGAGAUCAGUAUGCACACUAAUUCAACUUGCAUGAAUUGGAAGAAUGUUAUGUCCCUGAGACAGCUUUACCUUAAAGGAUGCAACCUUAAAAUAAUUCCAAACACUGCAUUUGCGGGGUUGUCGCUAACGCACUUGGAGCUAUCCGAUAACCCCGGAGUAACCAUCCAUCAAUCAAUACAAAGUCUUAGCACAACAUUACAGCAUCUAGGUUUAGGGAACACUCACAUACAAGACAUUGACUUCUCCCAUUUCCAGAGUCUGAAGUCUUUAAACAUUUCAAAGAACUUUCUGCUACAUCUUCCCCAUUCACUUCAAAACCUCAACCUGAAAGUACUUGAUCUGAGGGACAACAGACUUUCUACCAUCCCCUCUGGUCAGGCUAAUGCAUUAGCCCCAAAGCUGCAGACUAUUUUCCUCACAGGAAAUCAAUUCAACUGUUGCCAGACCGAAUGGUUCAGGACAUUUGAAGCAACAAACACCAUCCACAUGGUCGAACAGUCAGCCAUCACAUGCAAGGAUCUCUUCCUAAGGACACACAGAGUGGAGAAUCCACAGUCGUUUUUGUGCUUUGAUGACGGGGAGUCGAUCUUUUGGUACAUUCUGCUGUUUGUCCCCGUCUUUCUUUUUUUCACAGGAGUCUCUAUCAUUGUUCUCCUCACCUUUAAGCCCACACUGCUACAAAAGUCCAUCAAAAAGAAGUGUUUGAAGCCAACGUCUUACUGAUGUCACCAUAACUGUAUUUUGUCCAGUACAUUAUUUAGAAAUGUAGCCGAAUACAUAUCUGAAAUAAAUACAUUUACCGAAAA